AUGAUGAAAAUAUGGUCUAUGAAGAAACAGCAGCAGCAGGAUGAGGCUGCACAAGCUGCCUCGAGCAAGAAGAAGAAGGUCACCCCAGCUCAGCUGCGAACACAAAAAGAUCUUGAAGAGUUAUCUCUCGGCACAACGAUGAAGACGCACUUCCCCAACCCCGACGAUAUCCUAAACUUCGAGCUCACGAUCGACCCUGACGAGGGAAUGUACAAGGGCGGACGCUUCAGAUUCGACUUUAAGAUCAACCAGAACUUCCCCCACGACCCGCCAAAAGUCAAGUGCACACAGAAGAUCUAUCACCCCAACAUCGACCUUGAGGGAAACGUCUGCUUGAACAUUCUACGAGAGGACUGGAAACCAGUAUUGAACUUGAAUGCGGUUGUUGUUGGUCUACAGUUUCUCUUCCUCGAGCCGAACGCGUCGGACCCGCUGAACAAAGAGGCUGCCGAAGACCUCAAGCAGAACCGAGAGGGCUUCAAGCGCAACGUGCGCGCAUCGCUCGGCGGCGGCACAGUCAAGGGACAGAACUUCGAUCGCGUGCUCAAAUGA